AUGAGAAGGAGAGAGGUAAGUGAGGGGGCGGACAAAGAGGGAAUAGAGGGUCGGAGAGAGGUGAGUAAUAGAUGAGUCAGUGGCCCUCUACUAUAAGAUACCCUGAUGGAGCCCAACAGUGGCAUACACAAAGACACCAGCCAAGAAAUACCAGCUCCACUCUGCGCAACCCACGGAAAUACUACAGAUAUGAACUACAAGCUGGCCCUCCUGUUUUCUGCGCUUCACGUCUUAAGCCUUGGCACAGCAGCUCCUCUGUCCGAGGAAGACAUGAAGGCAAAGGUGAAGUUUGCGGCCAAGCAGCUGCUCGUCAGGCUGGACAACGUCGAGUAUCCUCCUGACGUGACACUCAGCGCCCCUUUCGACAACCUGGACGGACUGUCCUCCGUGGUGACGGUCUUGGAGGGUUACAACGGCCUGAUGUCCAACGCGCUCGACGACGUGGCCCUGGUCAAGAGCGACCUCAGCUCGCUGACGGGCUACCUCAGCGAGUGGAGGCAGGGACGCUGCAGCCAGCAGCUGCCAAAGCCGCCGGUGACGGGCCCGCUGCUGCAGCUGCAGAGUCAAAAAGAGUUCAUUCACACCGUGAGCAUCGAGGCUUGCUUGAGGGUGAAGGAGUUCCUCAACCGGCUGCAGAAGAACCUGGACCAGCUCAAGACUUGCUGAGAUUGAGAUGGACACUAGGAGCAAUACUUUUUAAGUUAUUGGUCUAAUUGCUGGGCAAGUCUGACUUAAUAUUCCCACCAUGUGAAGGAAAUUUAUUCUUGAACUUGCACUUAUUUAUACAUUAUUUUGGUUAUAUAUUGUAUUCAGGAAAUUUUGUAAGGAGCAUUAGAUUUUCAUAGGGAUGUUUACAACUUGAAUGAAGUUUCCUCAGAAAUGCGAAUCGCCCCAUGUUUUAUAGAUGCGUUUUAUGGGCAGAUCCGCUCAAGAGUGAUAAAGCUGAAGCGUACCACUGCAGGUAGAGGAAAUGUCCUAAUAAGCAGCGCCGGCUGCCCUGUAAAUUCCUGGACAUCAGCUUGAAACUUGCCAAGAACAGCAGAUGUGUUUGUGUGAGAACUACGAGCACCGGAAGGGUAAAGGGCAACUUUCACUUCAGUGCAAUAUCACCAGAUCUUCCAAAAUGUCUAUUUAUCUCCAAAGCUGGCAUUGUGUGUAUUUUUUUACCGUUGCACUAUUUUUGUAUUACUAUUGGAUUUAAAACAUGAAUAAAUAUUUAAUAACAAAUA